AUGAAAUUCGCUCUCUGUAUUCUUGUCAUCCUGGGAUGUGCCAGUGGUCAGUUCGGUCCCGUCGGUAUAAAACAUAUACUCCGGGCUCACAAUGACUUGAGAUCCGAUAUUGCUAUGGGAAUCUAUGACGGUUAUGGAGCUUUCAAGCAACCUAAACCCCCAGCAACCAAUAUGCGCAAGGUGGGACCAAGAUCCUCGCAAGUCUGGGAAGAGGAGUUUGAAAUUUACGGAUGA